AUGUUCUCCAGAAGCCGGCUGUCACUCAGAUUCCGGUGGAGUCUUUCCCUGAGCUUCUCUCUGGCCAACACGAUCAUCUUCUACGAGGACAGGAACUUCCAGGGCCGUUCCUACGAGUGCAUGAGUGACUGCCCUGACAUGUCCUCCUACCUGAACAGGUGCCACUCCUGCAGGGUGGAGAGAGGCUGCUUCGUGUUCUAUGACCGCACCAACUACAUGGGCAACCAGUACUUCAUGAGGAGGGGAGAGUACACUGACUACAUGAGCAUGAUGGGCAUGAGCGACUGCAUCAGGCCGAAAUGUAACCCACCUUUAUCUCCUGCCCCGCAGUACAGAGGAAACUACAGAAUGAGGAUUUACGAGAGGGAGAACUUCGGAGGCCAGAUGACUCAGCUGAUGGACGACUGUGACAACAUCAUGGACUGUUUCUGCAUGUCCAACUGCAUGUCCUGCAACGUGAUGGAUGGACACUGGCUGAUGUACGAACAGCCCCACUACAGAGGCAGGAUGAUGUACUUCAGGCCUGGAGAGUACAGGAACUUCAUGAACUAUGGCAUGAGCGACAUGAGGUUCAUGAGCAUGAGGCACAUCACUGACUCCUGCUAUUAG